AUGGCUGGUGAUCGUAUGGUCAGCCAUGCGAUCUCAUUAGAUUACCAGACUACCCCAACGAGCGGAAAGAAACCUCAUAAAAGAAAAAGAGACCUCGAUGGCUCCACCGUCGCUUCGGCCACUCCGACGAAGAAAUCAAAGAAGGAUCGAACCGUACCCUCUACGCCAGCUUCGCCUAAAGAAAGCAAGAAGCGAGAAAGGAUUUCAGGCUCGGCCUCCGUUGAAAGAGCUCCGAAGGAAUCGACCAAGAAGAAAGGUGCUGUUUCGCCGAUCGGCGAGCCGACGAAAUCGCCAGACGUUCGUGCCGAUAUCAAACUCAAAAAGAAACGAAAAACGCCCAAGGACAAUAGUGAGUCGGAUGAGAAGUCUACGGAUUUAGCAGAACAGACUGUACCGCCGGAUGUCUCCGGGGUGGCCACCAACAAAGACUCCGUAGAGACAAAAAAGCCGAAGCGGCCGAAAGCUGCGGAGCAUGCAGAGAGGGAUGACGAAUCGAAGCGAACGAAGAACAAGUUUGCGGGUAUAUUAUCAAAGUUUGAGAGGUCUGCAAAAGUUAAGAAGGCCACUGAGAAAUUACAUCGAGAGGAUGAGACGCCAGUUCAAGACGAGAACGUUGCUCAACCAGUCAUAGCACAAGGAUUGGAGCCUAUUCCCCAACCAAAACCCGUUGUCGAAGAAGCUGAGAAGCCUACAUAUUCCUCUCUUCCACCUUGGCUGGCUAAUCCAGUAAGAGCAUCAGCUGAAACCAGGGCCAAAUUCUCCGACUUGGGAAUCGAGCCCAAACUUCUUCGAGUUCUUGAAGUUAAUGGGUACAAAGAAGCCUUUGCUGUUCAGGCCGCUGUUAUACCACUUCUUCUGAAGGGGCCGAACAACCACACUGGAGAUAUCUGCGUCUCUGCUGCUACUGGUUCUGGAAAGACACUUUCUUACGUUCUUCCUCUCGUCACUGAGCUGGAGCAAAUCCCAGCUCCACGGCUACGGGGACUCAUCGUGGUACCAACUAGAGAGCUGGUUAAACAAGCCCGAGAAGCCUGUGAGUUUUGCACGGCAGGAACAGGUCUACGCGUCGGAUCUGCAGUGGGAAAUGUUGCCAUCAAGGAUGAACAGCGAUCCCUUAUGCGUAUUGAACAUGUUUACAGCCCAGAGAGCGUCGAGUCACGACGAAAAGCGGAGUUAACAGGGGAAGAGUGGGCUGACUUCAGUCUACAAGACUAUAUCUCGAAUACGACGGACUUGGGUGAGACAUUACCAGGCUAUAUCCACAGGGGUGAGCCCAAUGUUGAUAUACUCAUCUGUACACCCGGUCGCCUCGUGGACCAUAUUCGCUAUACAAAAGGCUUUACAUUGAAGCAUCUUCAGUGGCUCGUCAUUGACGAGGCUGACCGAUUGCUUAACGAGAGCUUUCAGGAGUGGGUGGAUGUCGUUAUGCAGUCCCUUGAUGCACGCAAGGCGUACGGGGCUUUCGGACCAAGUGGACGGUUCCUGGCGGAUCUCGGGAUGUCUUUGCAGACUAAAGAGCCUAGGAAGGUGGUCCUCAGUGCCACAAUGACCAAAGAUGUCUCAAAGUUGAACUCUCUCCGGCUCACGAAUCCGCGAUUAGUUGUUGUUGGUGGCUCUGAUCAAACUACUACAGCCGAUGAUGAGAGCGGGGUUGUUGUCCACGCAGAUGAAAGAUUUACUCUUCCGACGACACUAAGAGAAUACUCCAUUGCGGUUGGUGACGGAGAGCACAAACCGCUGUAUCUCUUGCGCCUGCUCUUAUCCGAGAUGAAACUUGAUGUUCCCUCUUCAACAAAACGCACAGCUUCAGUUACGUCUGAAUCCGAUGAUACCAGCUCAGAAGGAACCAGCUCGGACGAGUCGACGUCAGACGACUCAUCUUCUGAUGAGUCUAGCUCUGAAGAUUCCGACCUGGAUUCAGAGUCUGACGCAUCGAGUGAUACCUCCUCGAGCGAAGAAUCAGACGACUCGGACAAUAGCUCCGAAUCAGCGUCCGACGACGAAGAGACUGCUGAAGCACCAUCCAACCACACGCCCCAGCGAACUACAGUCUUGAUUUUCACCAAAUCGUCCGAAUCUGCAUCGCGUCUCUCCCGUCUCCUAGCCCUUCUCAAUCCAUCAAUAUCUGGCCUCAUCGGGACAAUUGUUAAGUCCAACAAAUCGUCCGCUUCCCGUAAAACACUCAGCGCUUACCGCCAGGGCAAAAUCUCCAUUAUUAUUGCCACGGAUCGUGCAUCACGUGGCUUAGACCUUCAGUCAUUAACACACGUCAUAAACUACGACGUCCCAGCCAGCAUCACAACGUACGUGCAUCGUGUCGGCCGUACAGCUAGAGCAGGCAACGAAGGGUCAGCCUGGACCCUUGUUGCCCAUAGAGAGGGUAGAUGGUUCACAAAUGAGAUCUCUAAGGGGUCCAAUGGCAAGAUCACCAGAGCCGGAAAGAUUGAGAGGGUCCCCAUGAAGUUGGACAACGCGAAGGAGCUCAAGUCCAAGUACACAUCUGCGCUGGCGGUUCUAGAGCAGGAAGUACGGUCUGUCGGGACGAAGAAAGCUGCACGCUAA